AUGGAGAAGAUGUUCGCGAAGAUGGAGAAAGGACUCACACCUGGCAAGAGCGAGAGAAUUUUGAGUAUGCACCAAGUCUUCCGAGCCUUUACGACCGACGUAAUCACGCUUUACGCGUUUGGUGAUAACCAGAAGAUUUUGGAUCACGAUGAUUGGGGCCAUGCCGCCACAGCGGGAAGCGCCGCAUGGCAUUCCCUUACGCACGUCUUCGCUGCCUUCCCGAUCGUAUUGACUCUGUUGAGGAGCAUUCCACUUUGGGCGUUCAAGAUAUUUAUGCCCAGCUUGAAUGAAUUGCACGAGAAGCAGAAGGUGGUGCGGUUCAUCCGAAACUCGCCAGACCCCGAGCAGAUCAAGAAAACCAUCUUCGAAGGUGUUCUCAGCAGCAAUCUGCCACCAGAAGAGAAGACCGACGCCAGACUGGCCCAGGAAGCACAACUUAUCGUGUUCGCUGGUGAAGGUACUGUUGCCUAUACAAUGAACGCUGCUCUGUACGAGCUUCUCGCUCAUCCUGUAGAGUACACGAAAGUACAGGAAGAAUUGGCCGAAGCCCUUGAGAUUGGUAAUAAGUCACCGACCUUCGGCGCAAGUCGAAACUCUUCUCUAUCUGAAUGCGGUGAUUCAGGAGACAAUGCGGCUACAUCCGUGGAGUAG